UUGUGGUGCGGUUUAUUUCUUCGCAGAGCGGCGGAAGAAUUAAGUGAUCAUUUAAAAAUGACAACCUCAUGGAGUGACAGACUCCAGAAUGCAGCAGAUCUUCCUGCGAACAUGGAUAGGCAUGCUCUGAAAAAGUACCGUCGGGAAGCCUAUCACCGGGUCUUUGUGAACAGAAGUUUAGCAAUGGAAAAGAUAAAGUGCUUUGGUUUUGAUAUGGAUUACACACUUGCUGUGUAUAAGUCCCCUGAAUAUGAAUCUCUUGGAUUUGACCUGACCGUAGAAAGAUUGGUUUCCAUUGGAUACCCUCAGGAGCUGCUCAGUUUUGUCUAUGAUCCUUCUUUCCCUACCAGAGGCCUGGUGUUCGAUACACUCUAUGGAAACCUGUUGAAAGUCGAUGCCUAUGGGAACCUCCUAGUGUGUACACAUGGCUUUAACUUUGUGAGAGGGCCAGAAACUCGGGAGCAGUACCCAAAUAAAUUUAUUCAAAGGGAUGACACAGAGAGGUUUUACAUUCUGAACACAUUGUUCAAUCUACCAGAGACCUACCUGUUGGCUUGCCUAAUAGAUUUCUUUACUAACUGUGACAGGUAUUCUAGCUGUGAAACGGGGUUUAAAGAUGGAGACCUCUUUAUGUCCUUCAGGAGUAUGUUCCAGGAUGUCAGAGAUGCUGUUGACUGGGUUCAUUACCAGGGAACCCUCAAAGAAAAGACACUUGAGAAUCUGCAGAAGUAUGUAGUGAAAGAUGGGAAAAUGCCAUUACUGCUCAGCCGUAUGAAUGAGGUUGGAAAGGUGUUUCUUGCCACAAACAGUGACUAUAAAUACACAGAUAAAAUUAUGACUUAUUUGUUUGAUUUUUCACAUGGACCAAAGCCUGGGAGCUCUCAUCAGCCAUGGCAGUCCUACUUUGAUCUAAUCCUAGUGGAUGCACGAAAACCCCUCUUUUUUGGAGAAGGCACAGUAUUGCGGCAAGUAGACACUGUUACUGGCAAGUUGAAGAUUGGUACCUACACAGGGCCUCUGCAGCAUGGCAUCGUCUAUUCAGGCGGUUCCUCAGAUACAAUCUGUGACCUGCUGGGGGCUAAGGGCAAAGACAUUUUGUACAUUGGAGACCACAUCUUUGGAGACAUCCUAAAGUCCAAGAAACGUCAGGGCUGGAGGACCUUCCUGGUGAUUCCUGAACUAGCCCAGGAGCUGCAUGUCUGGACUGACAAAAGCUCCCUUUUUGAAGAGCUGCAGAGUCUGGACAUUUUCUUGGCGGAGCUUUACAAGCAUUUGGACAGUAGCAGCAACGAACGGCCUGACAUCAGUUCCAUCCAGAGACGUAUUAAGAAAGUGACUCACGACAUGGACAUGUGCUACGGGAUGAUGGGAAGCCUGUUCCGUAGCGGCUCACGACAGACCCUCUUUGCCAGCCAGGUGAUGCGUUAUGCAGAUCUCUAUGCAGCAUCUUUCAUCAACCUCCUGUACUAUCCAUUCAGCUACCUCUUCAGAGCCGCCCAUGUACUGAUGCCACAUGAAUCGACGGUGGAGCACAUUCAUGUUGACAUCAAUGAAAAGGAGUCACCUCUGGCCACACGCAACCGCACCUCAGUGGAUUUCAAAGAUUCCGACUACAAACGGCAUCAACUGACCCGGUCAGUCAGUGAGAUUAAACCACCUAACCUUUUCCCCCAGACUCCUCAGGAAAUCACACAUUGCCAUGAUGAGGAUGAUGAUGAAGAAGAGGAAGAGGAGGAGGAAGAGGAAUAG